AAUAGCAUAGAGCUUGGAUAAUGAGAACAAGUAGGGAAAAGAAUAGAAUCUCCAUUUCAAUACCACCCUUGCCUUGAAAAACCCUAACCCUAACUUUCUCUUUCUCUCAAGAAAGCUCCAAUGAUGAUGGCAAGCCAAUGGAUAACUACACCACUCUUUCUUUUUCUUUUCCUUCUCUUUCCUACUCUUCUCUUGCUCUUGUUCACCUCCUCCGUUCACCGUCCGGUGACAUUAACCAGUUCAUCCAACCAUCUCGAUGGCAAGUUUAGGCUAAACGGGUUGGUUCCCGGCACCGCCGGUGAUGCAGAGGCCUCGCGUGCGCUUACCGUUUCUUCUCCUCCCGCUCCGUUGAUCAAAAGGAAGACGAGGAGUUUUGUUGAGAGAGAUCUUGCUAGAGCUCGUACAGCCAUACAAAGAGCCGUUUCGGUUUCCCAAAAGGGAAACGUUUCACAGAUGGGAAACUCGUCGGUGCUUUCUUCUCCGGCCACCGGCGAUGAUCUUUUGCGUGUUUAUCACAAUCCGGCCGCCUUUUUCCGGAGUUACAAGGAGAUGAAGAAGAGGUUUCGUGUUUACGUGUACCAAGAAGGGGAUGCACCAUUAGUGCAUGACGGGCCAUGCAAGAACAUAUACACAACCGAAGGCAGGUUCAUUCAAGAGCUUGAAAUGAUGACCGGUAUAUCCAAAUCCUCUUUGAGGACUAAUGAUCCAAACCGUGCUCAUGCCUUCUUCUUGCCCUUCAGUGUGGCCAUGAUGGUCAAGUAUCUCUACAUCCCGAAUAGCCAAGACCAAGGCCCCAUCCGGCGUUUCGUCUCCGAUUAUGUCGGUGUUGUGGGAUCUGCUCAUCCAUUUUGGAAUCGCACUGCCGGUGCCGAUCAUUUCAUGCUCUCUUGUCAUGAUUGGGGACCCUACGUCUCCGACGCCAACAAAGAUCUCUACACCAACUCCAUAAGAGCUCUUUGCAACGCUAACACUUCCGAAGGCUUCAACCCAACCAAGGACGUGAGCAUCCCUGAAGUCCACCUCCUCACCGGCGACAUCCCCGUCCAACUCCGUUCCCCUCCUCCUCCCCACACUCCCCGUCCCUUCCUCGCCUUCUUCGCCGGCGGCCUCCAUGGCCCCAUCCGUCCUCCUCUCCUCCACCAAUGGCAAAACCGAGACCCCUCUAUCCAAGUCUAUGAAUACCUCCCCAAGAACUCAACCAAUGACUACUUCUCCUUCAUGCUCAAAUCCAAGUUUUGUCUUUGUCCUAGUGGGUGGGAGGUGGCCAGUCCAAGGGUGGUAGAGGCCAUUUACACUGAGUGCAUUCCGGUGAUCAUUUCUGAAGGUUAUGUGUUGCCGUUUAGUGAUGUGUUGAAGUGGGAGGAGUUCUCUUUGACAGUGAGGGUGGAGGAGUUGCCGGAGUUGAAAGAGUUGCUCGGCCGGAAGACGGAGGAGGAGAUGGAUAGGCUGCGCCGGGGGCUUAGAGCUGUGAGGAAACACUUUGUGUUUAACCAACCGGCUAAGAGUUUUGAUGUCUUUCAUAUGAUCUUGCAUUCUGUUUGGCUUAGAAGGCUAAAUGUUAAGCUUGAUUGAUUGUUCAUUCAUGAAAUGUAUAUUUGUUUUUUUGGUAUUGGUAAAUGUUUGUUUCUAUAUAUCCUUGUAAAAUGAUGUGAAUAUGAUUUUUAUA